AUGGCGGAUUACAAGCCAAACGCUGUUCCUCCAAUGGCCACUGGCUAUCCUGCCGGCGCUCCUCCUAUGCCAAUGCCCGGAUUUCAACCUCAAGCUCCCGCUCAAUGGUCCACUGGCCUCUGCGGUUGCUUCGACGAUUGCGGCAACUGUUGCCUCACUUUCUGGUGCCCCUGCAUCACCUUCGGUCGGAUUGCAGAGAUAGUUGAUCGCGGCUCAACAUCGUGUGGGACGAGUGGAGCGUUGUACGCGUUGAUCGCGGCGUUGACGGGAUGCCAGUGCUUAUAUUCGUGUGCUUAUCGUUCCAAAUUGCGCGCGCUAUAUGGGCUGCCGGAAAGCCCCUGCUGUGAUUGUCUUGUCCACUGGUGUUGUGAGACCUGCGCACUUUGCCAAGCUUAUCGCGAGCUCCAAAACCGUGGAUUUAACAUGCCUCUAGGAUGGCAUGGCAACAUGGAAAGAAUGCAGGGUGUUGGAAUGAUCCAUCCACCACCUGUGCAAGGAGGAAUGAUGCGUUAA